CCUGCCUUCGCUCCGCGGCAGCGCCGGUACCGAUGAGCGGGCUCCGAGCGCCCGGCGUGUGGCCGGUGCCGACCUGCCUGCUCCUGCUGGGGCUGCUCCUGCCCGCCGCCGCCGCGGGCGCGGGGUGCGAGCUGGAGGCUGCGGACGGCGGCGGCGGCGGCCGGCGGGGAGGACGGUGCGGCGCGGCCGGCUCUGCGGCGGAGCCGGUGACAGAUCCCUGCAGUUCACUGAGCCCGCCAUGCUUUACUGAGGAGGACCGGUUCAGCCUGGAGGCGCUCCGCAUGAUCCAUAAGCAGAUGGAUGAUGACAAAGAUGGUGGAAUCGAGGUAGAUGAAAGUGAUGAGUUUCUAAGGGAAGAUAUGCAAUACAAGGAUGCCUCAAAUAAACAUAGUCACUUGCACAGAGAAGACAAGCAUAUCACCAUUGAGGAUCUGUGGAAACGCUGGAAAACAUCUGAAGUUCAUAACUGGACUCAAGAGGACACUCUUCAGUGGCUCUCAGAUUUUGUUGAAUUGCCCCAAUAUGAAAAGAAUUUUAGAGACAGCAAUGUCAAUGGAACAACACUUCCCAGGAUAGCAGUAAAUGAACAUGCUUUCAUGAUCUCUCACUUGAAAAUAAUUGACCGGAGUCACAGACAGAAGCUUCAGCUUAAAGCCUUGGAUGUUGUUUUGUUUGGACCUCUCACUCGUCCCCCUCACAACUGGAUGAAGGAUUUUAUAUUAACAGUUUCUAUAGUUAUUGGUUUUGGAGGCUGCUGGUUUGCAUAUACACAGAACAGAACCUCAAGAGAACAUAUCACAAAAAUGAUGAAGGACUUAGAAAGUCUCCAAACAGCAGAGCAAAGUCUUCUUGACUUGCAGGAAAGGCUUGAGAAGGCACAAGAAGAGAAUAGAAACGUUGCUGUUGAAAAGCAAAAUCUGGAGCGCAAAAUGAUGGAUGAGAUCAAUGAUGCAAAACGUGAAGCUCAUCGCCUCAGGGAAUUGAGAGAGGGAGCUGAAUGUGAGCUCAGCAGGCUCAAAUAUGCAGAGGAAGAGUUAGUACAGGUUCGUAUGGCUUUAAAAAAGGCUGAGAAGGAGUUUGAGUUGAGAAGUAAUUGGUCUGUUCCUGAAGCUUUGCAGAAGUGGCUUCAGUUAACACACGAAGUUGAAGUACAAUAUUACAAUAUCAAAAGACAGCAUGCAGAAAUGCAAUUAGCAAUUGCUAAAGAUGAGGCAGAAAAGAUAAAAAAGAAGAGAAGCACUGUAUUUGGAACACUACAUGUUGCACACAGCUCCUCCCUGGAUGAAGUGGACCAUAAAAUUCUUGAAGCAAAGAAAGCACUCUCUGAGUUGACGACGUGUUUGCGGGAGCGUCUUUAUCGAUGGCAGCAGAUUGAGAAGAUUUGUGGGUUUCAAAUCGCACACAAUUCUGGGCUACCAAGCUUGACCUCCUCUCUCUACUCUGAUCACAGCUGGGUAGUUAUGCCUCGAGUUUCCAUUCCUCCCUACCCCAUUGCAGGGGGAGUUGAUGACUUAGAUGAAGACACUCCUCCAAUAGUUUCACAGUUUCAUGGGUCCAUUGUAAAAGCUCCCAGCACUCUGGCAAGAAGCAGUAGCUUGUGUAGAUCAAGACGCAGUGUUGUGCCAUCAUCUCCACAGUCUCAGCACGCUCUGCACUCCCCUGACCCUGACAUCCUCUCUGUGUCGAGCUGCCCAGCUCUCUAUCGAACUGAAGAGGAGGAGGAAGCCAUUUACUUCUCUGCUGAUAAACAAUGGGAAGUACAGGAAACAGGUUCGGAAUGUGACUCCUUAAAUUCAUCCAUUGGAAGAAAACAGUCUCCUCCAGCAAGUCUUGAGAUGUACCAGACAAUUUCUCCUCAGAAAGUAUCACCAGAAGAAUUUUCACUGGAGGAAUCAUCUACGGGAGACUCCUCUUCUCUGACUGCAGAUGUUUCUAGGGGCUCUCCUGACUGCGUAGGCAUGGCAGAAACUAAGAGCAUGAUCUUUAGUCCUGCAAGCAAAGUUUAUAAUGGAAUCCUGGAGAAGUCUUGCAGCAUGAACCAGCUUUCAACUGGGAUCCCCGUCCCAAAGCCUCGUCACACCUCGUGCUCCUCGACCGGCAGUGACAGCAAACCCAGCCAUGAAGCUGCUUCUGUCCCCAGGAUAAGCAGCAUCCCACAGGACCUCUACCAGAAUGGUGAAAAAAAUAAAAAGCCAUCAAAAAUAAAAAACCUCUUUAAGAAGAAGUGUAAGUGAGGUGGGCAGAAGAGAACCUAUAGUAAUAUUAUGAGAACUCUGUUUUUUAAAUCUUUAGGAAUGUAAUUCCAUUUGAGCAUCCCAGAGUGGAUGCCCCAAUGGAAUACUCUGUAGGUCACCUAUAUUUAAUGACUGUACUGUCAACGGUUGUGCCAGCUGUCAAUGAGAAAUCAUUAAAACGUUCAGACAGUUUACAUCCAUUUCUGCCUAUUUAUUUCUUUAUUUUUUUAGGUUGUCUUUUUCAGCUUUUUUUUUUUUUUUUUACUUUGAUUUGUUGAACUUUUUAAAGUUUAUUCAUAAACCAUUUUUAAGCCGCUCUGGACUCCUAAGCUUUAAUGGACUAGUAAGCCUUCCUGGGCUUGCCAAAGUUUCUUGUUUACUGGAGCAUCUUCCUAUCUUUCCAUAGAAGUAGGACAUUUAUCUACUGGACUUUAAGGAAAAUAAAAGAAGUAGAACUAAAUGAAUUGCACUACUAUUUUACAGACUGGAACAGUCUCUGCAAGUGAAACUGAAAGACUUGUAUUUGACUGAGAAGAUGAAUCUUUUCACUUUUAGAUCUUUUGGGGUUUUUAAGUAAAAUUUAGCAUUUCUAAUUGACUUGAUUUCUGGAAAUGGAAAUGUCAUGCUUUUAUUAUGGGGAGCUUUGUUAGAUGCAUUUAUUAUUAGAAUGGUUCAAGUCCUGCUGUAAAGAUCAUUUUUUUCCCAGGACUUUCACUGUGAUUUUAAUUCACUGCAGGCUGUAUGAGAAACAAACAAAAAAAAAAAGAAAAAAAGAAAAAAAAAGAAAAUAAUAAAUUACCAAGAGAACAGGCUCUUGAUUCCUUAUGCAAGAUGGUUGUGAAACUUCACUGAAGACUGAAAAAAUUCACCUCUGAAAAUGAGGAGGGGGAAUAGUAGCUUUUGUUUACAGAUUGACAGACAAUGGACAUUUGGGUUGUGAAAGUUUGUACUGUGGUAAAGAUAAUAAAUUGGAAACAUUAUUGUGCUUGGGAAUGUUCCAAUUCUAGCUGAUGCUUGUUUCAGACAUGUUUCAGAGGUCCUGUUAAUUGGAAGCUGUCGUAGGCUACAUUGCUUAUGCUUAUUGCUGUGUAUAAGUUAUUAUAUUUUUUGAAUUAGCUAUUAUUGUCUUAAUGUCCUCCUUUUGUAAGAUUUCAUACACUUUAUUUUUGUAUAGUUUGAAGAUUUAGCUGUUCAGAGAUGUCUGAAGUAAAUGGUAUAAUUUUAUAAUG